CCUCAGCUCUUUCUUCCCUGCACUAGACCAUGCACUGUAGCUGCUUGGCUGAGGGCAUCCCGGCCACCCCUGGCAACUACUGGAUCUCAGGCUUGGCCUUCCCUGACUGGGCCUACAAACCUGAGUCCUCCCCAGGCUCCCGGCAGAUCCAGCUGUGGCACUUCAUCCUGGAACUGCUGCAAAAGGAAGAGUUCCGCCAUGUCAUCGCCUGGCAGCAGGGAGAGUUCGGGGAGUUUGUCAUCAAGGAUCCAGAUGAGGUGGCCCGCCUCUGGGGCCGCAGGAAAUGCAAACCACAGAUGAAUUAUGACAAGCUCAGCCGGGCCCUCAGGUAUUACUACAACAAGAGGAUCCUGCACAAGACCAGAGGCAAAAGGUUCACUUAUAAGUUCAACUUCAGCAAGCUCAUCAUAGUCAACUACCCUAUGUGGGAGGUGCGGGCGCCACCCUCCCCCUGCCUGCUGCUGGGACUCCCUGCCCGGUGUCAGCCAGCCCAUGUGCCCGUGGGUGUGCAGAGCGAGCUCCUGCCCAGCAUGCUGUUCACCCAUCAGGCCAUGGCAGAGCAGCUGACCAGAGAGCAGAACUCCCAAGAGUCCCCAGAGGUCCCUGAGGAGAAGAAGGGGAGCAGCUACUACCGACUCAGCUCUGCCCCUACACCCUCCUGGUUCAGGCCAGGCUGCCACCUCGGGGGCCUCCAAGGCAGGCUGCCCACUUUUGCCUCCUUGGUUCCUGCCCUCCCACUGCUUCCCUCCCCCUGGGCCCACCUCUCAGGGCCCUUCCUGCCUCCUCUCCCAGGAGAGCAACAGCUCCCAAGCUCCUCUAAGCCUGCCACCCUGCUCCCAGGGCCCCAACAAGCUCCAGGGCUCCCUUUGAUGGCCAGGCUGGGACAAGGUAUAGGCGAGAGGCUUCCGGUGUCAUCGCUCAGGCCUGGGGGGAUGGAGGUAAAGCCUGACCCCAGGGUGGGAGCAAAGGGGGGUCUGAAUUCCAGGAAGGGCUUCUCCCUGGAGACGCACAGACUGGAACUUGGGAAGGACAGCCCCGCCUGCCCAAGCCUGGAGCACCUCAAAGCACUGUGGCCCUUGGAUCCUCCUUAA